AUGUUGGGAACAGUGAUACUCCAAGUGGCUACAUUAUUGUUGUCAUCACUAAAUCAUGGAGGGAAGGACGCCUUAAAGCACAGCAGGGAUUUAUCUUUGGAUCUGGUCAGUGGAGGCUCAGCAGAAGAGAACAAGGAAGUCCAGAAUGUGUCCACAUCUCAAAAUGUGUGGAUCAGCCUCUUUCGAGGUACGUGGCGGUGGUCUGAUGGGAGCGAGUCGUCAUUCCGCUUGUCAAACCCGCAGCAAUCAAGCUACCGUGAUCAAGACUGUAUGUCCGCUAUAUUCCAAGAUGAUAGCCAGUGGCAUGAUCUGAAAUGUAGCAGCCACUACACCUGUCGUAAACUGUAUACAGGACAAGUCACAGGAAACCUGAUAUUAAUUUGUGAAAACAUGACUUGGAUGGAAGCCUCGAGUUACUGCCGAGAGAACUACAUGGACCUUGUCUUCAUCACUGAGCAAAGCACUCAGGAUCUGGUGGCACAGAUGGCACAGAAUUCCACAUCAUCCCACAUUUGGCUUGGUCUGCGCUACACUUGCACCUUUGGCCUUUGGUUUUGGAGCGGUUCGUCAGCUGACUGUUACCAGAACUGGGCCCCGGGACAAGGACCACCGGAGCGUGCAUAUGAAUGUGGAGUAACUGGUGCCAUGUUGACCACAGAGGGGCAGCAGUGGGUGGGCCUGCCUGAGAGGCGGCAACUGAACUUUAUCUGCCAGGAUUGUGCCGGAUAAGGAAGAUUUUUUUUUUUUUUUUAACGUGCAAACGUGAGCUGGUACCACUCGGUUUAUUGUGUUAUAUUCACAAAUUUCAUUUCGCUAUCGUUCUCUUGUCUCACUAAAUCAGUGCACGAGUGUGAGAGGAUAACUCAAAGGCUGCCUCCCCCAUUGUUAUGUGUGAAUGCGAUUAAAUAUGAAAACACUGCGGCGUGCCGGCUGACACAUUCAUGAGUGGAGAGAGUGACAUGAGAACAUUGAUCCACUGCUUUCACUCAGGGGUUAACAUUUGCAUGUUGACCCCGACUGCUUGAGCUCAAGAUGCUCCUUUUUAGGACCACCAUGGACCUGAUGCAGACGGCCUGCUGGCCCCGCUGACCUUGUCCACGGUGCUGAGGUCUGCGGCGAUCGGCUAUAACCGUGGGAAUUGUUCACAAAUAAUUCUUCACCGCGCAACUGAUCAUUCAACUGUGAAAAAUUAAAAUAAAUGAUCAAUAAAAGAAAUGCAAAACAUGUAACUUAACUGCAGUGACCAGUAGAUUCUUAUCUACAGCUGAACAGUUUCUUCAUGUUGUUUGGCUUAUGAUGAUGAUGACCAUCUAUCGCAUUAUGAUUAUAUGCACAAUAUUAUUGUAAACAACUUGGCUAGAAUUGUUUCCGCACUGAGAGAGACAUCAACCUUAACAACAGGUAA